CGCACAUGGGCGCACGCUGAAUAGCGAGCAUGUACUGAAGUGUAAAUAACUCCUCAAUAUUAUUUCCACUUUUGCCCGGUUUCCCCGUCGGUCCCGUCGGACAGCAUGGCCUCAGAGGAGGACGACGUGCUGCUGUUUUUAAUCUACCAGCACCUGAAGGUGAACGGCUACCAGAAAGCUGCUAUGGUGCUGGAAAAGCACGUUAGCCAGGUGGAGACACCGGUGGAGAGCUCCAACCUACAUGAUAUCUACACAGGCUGGAUGAAACUGUGUUCUCUAGCCCAACAUGCCAAGCAGGAGACGGAAGAGUCCAGCAACUCAAAGAAAAGCAUCAAAGUUGAACCUGCCGCCAGCGAAGAAGAGGAGGCUGCUGACACCAGGCUCUCCAGUGUCACAGGAGGAGAUGAUGUGGACUCCAAGCCUCCACAUGAGCCCAGGGCCGGUGCUGUUGAGCCACUGAAAGCAGAGAGCAUUUCCGAGAGUGUCUCCGAGCAGCUGCUGGCUGCUGAUAGUAAACCCCAAACAACAAACUCUGACAGCGAGAGCACCGACUUCUCUGACAGCGACGUGGAAGAAGAAAAGAUAAAAGCGGAAGAAACAAAAACAGAGCAAGAGUCGGCUCCUACUGAAGUGUCUGCUGAGGCGUCCAAUGAGGCAGAAAGCCUGAGCUCUGCCUCUUCAGACUCUGUGGAAAUAAUUGCACUCGGCCAGGGCAACACCAGCCCGGUGCACCCCGGACAACCUGCGCCCGAUCAGACCGAGGACCAACCACAGGCCCCCGAUCCACCCGAGGCCUCCAUCUCAGGAAGUGACAAUGAAGAGGGCAACGACGAGCUGAAGCAGGAGCCACAAGCUGUCACAAACAGCUCAGAGGUCAUAGAUGAAGCUUCUGUGUCACAGCAGACGGAUGCUGAUCAAGUACAGGCUGCCAUUUUUCCCACUCAGGAAGCUGGUAAAGCCGAGUCUCCAGAAGGCGAAGAAGCCACAGCAGGAGAGAUCUCUGCUGACCUCCUGCAGAUGCCCAGCCUAGUUGAGCCCACUGCGUCAGACCUGACAGCUCAGGAAACCAAUCACCAGCUGGAAGACAGUCAAGCCCCGCCUUCUGCAGACCCUGAUGGUGAAUCUGAAAAUCCAAACGAGGAGGACGAUGAGAACACUGAUGAGACGAAAUCUGAGAUGUCAGAGGGCAGAGACCUCACACUGGAGCAGGAGGAAGAGACAGAGAUGUCAAAAAUCCCAGUGGACCACGAGGUCAAUGGUGACCUCUCAGUCGCUCAAAUUGAAAAGGAAGCCACGUUGGUUUCAGAAGGGCGAUCGGACGCAGAUGCCUCCAUCAUCCUCAACAUUACAGUUAAAGAUGAUGAAGCAGCUGAGCGAGAGACCAGCCAGCUGCCCCCUGAGGAGACUGCUGCGUCCUGUAAAGACUCCAGCACUUCCAAGAAAAAGAAAAGGAAGCGCAAACAGGAUGUUGAGACGCCAACAGCAGACACAUUGAUCACAGACACACCCAGCAGCAGCAAUGCAUCCAGCGCAGAUCCACUCAGUGAGACUCCUCUUUCUAGGAAGUCUGCCAAAAAGAAAAAGAGAGAUAAAAAGAGACAAGAGGAGGUGGUGGAGGAUGAGGAGGCUCAGAAGAAUGGGGAUGAGGUGUCUCAGGUAGCUCCACCAGAGGAAAAAAAGAAGGCUAAGAAGAGGAAAAGGGAGAGAGAUGAAGCAGAAGAGAAGGAAGAGGACACUCACGCUGUCACACCCUCAGAAAACAAAAUGAAAAAGAAGAAGAAGAAGAAGAGGGCUAAAGAUGUGGAAGAGGAGGAGAGUGAGGCAGGAAGAGUGGUAGAGGAGGCGGCUGAGAAUCCUGUGGGUCCGGAAGAGACAACAGAGGAGAAAAAGAAGAAAAAGAAAAAGAGGAAAAUGGAAGGAGGUCAGGAAAAAGAGGAGGUGCAGUCUGAAAAACAACCAGCAGGGGGCAACAAUAGCACAGAAGAGAAAAUGGAAGGCACAGAGGUAAAGUCUCCUCUGCUUCCCUCAGCCAAAAAGAAAAGACGUCUCAGGAAGAAGCUGAGCCUAAAGAGGAGAUUAAAACUGCAGAAGAAGGAGAAGAUCGCGAUGAGGCUGAUGAAGCGCAACAAGUUACCUGCAGAACAGAACCACACGAGAAGAAAGAAACAAAAACGGAUACAAGAGGAAACAGAAGAGGCGCUUCAUCUAGAGCCAACCAAAAGACCCCAAGUUGAUCCUAUCCAGGAGGACGAAACACCAAAGAAGAAGAAAAAGAUGAAAAUACAUCCUGAGCAAGAAGAAAAUUCAUCAAAGGAAAAUCAACCUCCCAAGACAAAGAAAGAGAAGAAGAGACUGUUGCAGGCUGAGGAUCAGAGCAGUGUGGUGAAUGACCAGAGUGCUGCGAUGCUGGAAGCCGAUGCGGCCGUGCUUUCAAACGGUGGGAAGAAGAAAAAGAAAAAGAAGGCAGAUAAAGGCGAGGAAGCUGCAGAAGAUUCAGCUCCCAUCACCGAGAGCGUAGAUGGACCUGCUAAGAAAACAAAGACGAGCAGACUAAAGGAGAAAAGUGAGGCAGAGGCGGCUGCAGACACACACACUCCUUCAGCGGUUCCUCGGAAAAAGAAAAAGUCCUCCAAAAAGAAGAGAAACUGAUUUGAAUUUGAACUCUUCAGAGACCUUCUUCAUGGGUCGUCUCACCUGUGAAUUCUGCAGCGGAGUCAUAAAGUUGUUUAGAAACAUUACUGAUAGUAGUUAAAGGAAAAUUCUCAUUUUAAACAAAUAAAAAAAACAAACUUAAUUCAUGUUCCUCUGUACAGCAGGCGUGGCAUCAUUGUCUGCUCAGUUCAUUUGUCUUCUGAUUUACUGAAGAUUAAUUAUGGACCUUUUCUCCUGAUUAUUCUGUCUGAGAUUAAUUUUUCCAGUUACUCAGCCCCUCUUUUGUUCCUGAACUGUGACUUUAACACAUUACACCCCUAAAUAAAUCCCCUUUAUUUAGCACAUUCAGCUUUUAAGCUUUGUUGGAGGCAGAUCUGCUCUGGCAGGAAAACAGAAAAAGAAGUGCAGAAAAAUUAUGACUUUAUUAUGCGAUUCGUUCAGCUCAGCCUUUUUAACUGGAAGCUUUUCCCAUUAAAGUCUCAUUAAGGAAAUUAUUCAAAUGAGCUGCAUGAAAUAAUUCAUACAAGUGAAACAUAAAUUUGUAUUUAAAUCAAAGAAACAGAUUUUAUUAACAGGAUUGCUAUUAAUUUUUUUAUUUUUUUUUUAUCAGUUUAUCUGUUUAAUCACUGGGUGUACAGUGCCUGUAGGUUAUUCAGCUUGCAGUGACGAUGGGAUCUGAGGAUGUUUGGAGGCUGGAAGAUGAUAAUAAGUAUUGACUGAGACGCGGUUUCCGCUCCAGAGCAGCUCCGUCUUUAGGAAGUGUUUCAAAGCUGUAAUCUGCAUCUCCUCACAAGCGAUAAAAACUUAUGAAGGGGAACUUUCACAGUCAUUUGUCUUCCUACGGUCAGAGGCGCUCACUAAAGCUCCACUGCUGGCAGACGCCACAUCUCUCAGCUAAAGUUACAAAUGAGCUUUAAGGGAAAAACCGAAGGAGAUGGGUUGUUUGUGUCAGUAAUCUGUUAAUCAACUGAUUAGUAAACCAGCAUUUGUGUUUGUUUGAGGUAGAAAAUGUAGUUUUGUUGUGAUCUUGCUGAUGUGUGUUUACCUUUUUUUUCUGUCAGUUAAAGCUCUUUUUUUUCUUAUCAAACUUUAUAGACUAUCAGCUAUGCAUCCUGCUGCUGCUCUCUGAAGACCCUUUGUCCAACUUUAGCUGCUUAAAUUUGCUGUUCCUAAAGAUCAGCACGUUUUGAUGACCUUCGUUAAAUAGCUUUAAUUCUGCAUUUCUUUGUUUUUCUUUUCACGCUGUUACACGUGCUGUGUUCGUGUCAUAUUGGAGUCAAGUUUCAAGUUGAAAGUCAACCUGAGAAGCUGAUCUAACUUGGCAAUAAAUGAUAAAGCAAACAACGUCACAUGAGCCGAUUGUUUUUGGAGGUAAUUAAACUCAAACGUAACGCUGUUUGUAGUGCGGAUGCUGUCAAAGCUCAGCAGUCCGUAAACACGGGAAUCAUUUCCAGCUCUGCAGCCAUCCCAACGUGGACGACAGAGUAAAAACUGUAAGGGGACAAAAAUCUCUCAUCACUGAAUUAUGCAGAUUUGAAGCUCAGGGAUUAAAACUUUACUUGAAAUGCAUUUUAAAAGGUAAAACUUGAAUAUCAAAUUUAUUUUUAGGAAUCACGCAGUGACUAAUACAGUAACAUCAUCAUUAUAUUUUAUGCCAUUAUUCAAAUUUGAAUCUAUAACCGUAUAGAAGGUAAUUUGAUAUACCUUAAAAAGCAGUGCAGUGAUGUGUUCUUAUAAGAUCAAGAGCCAAACAGUUCAUUAAACCUGCUGCAAGUUUCACAUAAUUAGAAAUGAUAAGUAAUCUACUGCUGAUGCUGCACUUAAUGAUUAGUUACUAAGUAAAAUCUGCCCUCAUCCUUUUCUCUGUGUCUUGCUACUUAAAACACUUUGAAACUUUGGUUUUUAUUUUGUCUCAGCGAGCAGAGGCAGUUUGGAGCCAUUACUGACAUUGAUUCGGAAAACUCUGAGGAGAAAUCGGGUUUUCCACACUCGGCGUCUGUGUUUACUCACGGCUGGUGUCGCCGUCUCUGUCUCACACAAACAGAGCUUCUUUUUUUUUUUUUUUUCUUCUCUGAAACAGAAAUCUAACAAGCCAAUGCGCAGGGCAGUUUGAACUGUUUGCAAACACAACAAACCAGAGUUCAAAUGUAGUUCUGAAAUGAAACAAAGUAGGAUUCAUUUUACAAUAUUCCUCGGAAACUUUCCUCAUAAUCUCCUAAAUAUUUGUUGCUGUUUAACUUUAAAUUACAGGCAUUUUUUAAAAUUUGAUUUAUCAACUCAUAAGAAAUCAACUACUAGAGUAUAGUAUAGUGAAAUGGGACUUUCACAAUGAUUGAAAAAUGGCUUAUAAACUGAUAAAUGUCCAUUUGAAUUUCUCAAGCUUAUUUUUUUUGAUGGAAGACACUGAGUCGCAUUAUUCUACAUUCCCAGUCUGCGUGACUAUACUGUAAAUCUGUGAAUUCAGAAGAUUAAGAAGUGGAUCUAUAAUGUUUGGCUUGGACUCUACCAGAGUAACUUUACUUAAUUUAAUGGUUCAAAAUAAUCCUGCAGCCCCUCAUCCACUCCAAACUGCUUUAGUUCCUCUUAUGUUCUUCUGACUGGCUGCCCCUCACAGAAAAAGGGUUUGAAUAACACAGCUAAUAAGGAAAAGUAAUUAAGGAACUCUUAAAAAUGUGCAGGCUGUCUUCUUGGAGGUUAUUUUAAUUUACAGCUGGUGUCGGUAUUGUAAAUUGUUCUCAGAUUAUGAAACGGUACAAAGUUAUUUUCAUGUUUUGUCCUGUAACUGUUGGUUCUUUCAUUAAAACAUUUUCUCUCAGAAA